AUGGAUUUACCAAUAAAAAUGGCUUUGACAACCAAAACAAAGGAUGAAAGCACCGAAUCCAUUUGUCUUACGACGGCUAUGUGGGAGACUUUGGAGAAGGAGAGCUUGAUGGGUUAUCGUGUAUUUACACGUGGGAUUUGGUAUGCGUUGACGAUCUUCUCGUGCUUUGGCUUGUUGAUAUAUGGGAAACAAGUUUUGUUUUAUCCCAUCCGGUUCGGCGUUGCGACCUUCUUUGUAGCUAUGCUACUCAGGUGUUUGUUGUUGGUCGAACGUCCGAUCCCCAAUUCCCCGGUUCUAAAAUAUAUUAGAUUCAUGAUCUCUUUGAUAAUAUUAACGUUCAUGUUCUAUGUUCCUUUUAAAUAUCCUAACAUGGAUGUUUUCAUUUCGAUCCUUUCAUUGCUUGCCGGAGGAAUCUCAAUCUAUCAACUCUCUUGCACGAUGGACAUUGGACAUGCUCUUCUACUCCUCUUUCUUGCCUUUGGCAUUGGUUUUUUAGCCAUCGACUUUGCUUCUCAAAACCAUCACCCAUUCUCUGGAGUUUACUUGAUUUUUUUCUUUCAGUACGUUAUAUACGCUUAUAAUUUCAACUUUCUAGCUAAUGUAACCUAG